GGCGGGGCAAAAGGGGGGACUGGUUUCCUCUCACUUCCGGGGUGCUGGGGUGAGGCGGCAAGAUGGCGGUGCAGGCGGUGUAUUUGGAGGCUGACGCGUUCCUGGUGUGCCUGAACCACGCGCUGAGCACCGAGAAGGAGGAGGUCAUGGGGCUCUGCAUCGGCGAGGUUGACACCAGCCGAAUUGUUCACAUCCAUUCCGUGAUCAUCCUGCGCCGCUCUGAUAAGAGAAAAGAUCGUGUGGAAAUUUCGCCAGAGCAGCUUUCAGCUGCUUCUACUGAAGCAGAGAGGUUGGCUGAAAUGACAGGACGUCCCAUGAGAGUCGUGGGCUGGUAUCACUCUCAUCCUCACAUCACUGUCUGGCCAUCGCAUGUCGAUGUCCGCACACAAGCUAUGUACCAGAUGAUGGACCAAGGUUUUGUAGGGCUUAUCUUUUCCUGCUUCAUUGAGGACAAAAACACAAAGACAGGCAGGAUUCUCUACACCUGUUUCCAGUCCAUUCAGGCCCAGAAAAGCUCAGAGUAUGAAAGGAUUGAAAUUCCUAUUCAUGUUGUCCCUCACGAAACCAUUGGGAAGGUGUGUCUGGAAUCAGCUAUAGAGCUGCCCAAGAUCCUUUGCCAAGAAGAGCAAGAUGCCUACAGGAGAAUUCACAGCCUCACCCACCUAGACUCCGUCACCAAGAUUCAUAACGGCUCAGUGUUCACAAAGAACCUCUGCAGCCAGAUGUCUGCCAUCAGUGGGCCGCUCCUUCAGUGGCUGGAGGACAGAUUAGAGCAGAACAAACAGCGGGUGCAGGAGCUGCAGCAGGAGAAGGAGCAGCUCCUGGAGGAACUGGCUGCUUUAGAGUGAUGGAGGAAAUACAGACUGUUCAGAAAAGAGAUGUGGAAAAAAAACUGUACAAGACCUACUCCUGGCUGAAGGCUGGCCCUGCAUUGCCUUGUGGUGAAGAUCCGAGCUGUGUCUCUCCUGCCCCACGCAGCAAAGUGCACUUUGACAGGAUAAGGGCUUUAUCUGCCCCAGCCUGGUGGAGAGCGGUGGUGUCUCUCCAUGUGCUGCGUGAUGCAGUGGAGCUCUAGUUCUGUGAUGGGGUUAGGCAGCACCUGAAGAGACUUCAGUUCUGGAGGACACACACCAUGGAACGAGUUGUUUCUCCCUCUCCUCUAUUUUGUCAGAAGUCUUAUUGCUUUACAUGUGUUUCAGGAGCCUAGAACAGGAGGUUCAGAGGGGAAAAGUGUGUUCCUGCAAUCAUAACUCCUGCUGCCAACUUCUGCCUUUUUUUAGUAGCUUCAGUUGACCAUGAUCUUAGAUCUAGUAAUGUUCUGGAUUACUGGUUAUCCACCCAGUCAGGUAAGAGGUGGAAGGGAAGAUUGCAAACAGACCUGGAAGAACUUUGACGUAGGAUCUGUUUUCAGCAUACUUCAAACCAAAUAAAGAAUUCCAAAGCCAGAGCUGUUCGGAGUAGAAAUGAAAUAAAUGCCACAACGUGCCAGUGCCUGCAUUUUUGGGACACAGUCUGUUUUCUCUUAUUCCAUGUGGUUCUGUUGCAUGCCCAGCACUGAUUCUUCUCUACAAACUAGCCUGGUUCUGCUGGUGCAGUGAGAGGACUGUGGUUCUGUUCCAGAGGGGAAAAGGUUAAGAUGCUGAGAACUGACAGAUACGCCUGUCAUUGUUACAUGCUUGACUUAAUUGUAGCCAUUUCAUUAGAUUGAAAUGGAAUGAAAUACUUGUUGAACAAAUCCCUUAAAGGGGUCGUGCUGUUAUGUGAAGUCUGUCUUGUGUGAGUGAAGGAACCAACAGCACAGUUAAAACUUUUGGUUUGGCUCCUUGGCUUUAAUCUGUCCUCACAUGCUCAAGUAGAUGAAAAUGAGCUGCCUGAAUUACUGCAGUGGAGGCUUUUCAAAGGUCAGUGUCUAUCCCACUGUUACUGUUUUCCAGUUCAAGUGCUCUGUACCUUUAUCCUUCCUGGGGCAGCAGGUGCCUCACUGCCCCCGUCUUGAUGAGAGCUCUUGGAGAUCAGCCGGCAGCCCUAAACCUCGUCACCUCUGUGCUGGACAGGGCUGGUGACAACUGGUGCCAGCUGGCUCUGCACUGUCAGUGAGGCUGGGGACACCUCUGGGACAAGGUCAAGUGAAGGAUGUGGGCGAUGCCAGAGGUGACCAUGCUGCUGUGCCAUGGAUUUUUCUAUCAUUGUUACACAUUGCUCACUCUUGCCCAUUUUAGAAAAGGCCCUAGGGCCUUCUUUAUUAGAAGUAUUUAAUGUUAAAAUAUUACAAUAAUCUGGAAUCCUCCAAAGCAUAUUCUUAGAUUCACGUUAGGCUCAUACUACUACAUACAAAAUUUAAGUGGCAUCAAGAAAGGAAGCUUAUUGAGAUAUCACCAGGAAUCUUGAAGCCUGGUUUUUAAAGCAAAAUCAGCACUGAGUUUCUGUGGAUGGGUUUCUAGUGGAUGAAGAUCUGUUACUGAACUAGGCAGGCCCAAAGGAAGUUCAAGGCCACCUUGGAAAGCUGAAAACAGGACCUGCCGUGGGAGUGAGGCAUUUCUACAAUAACAAGGCCUCAACACGAUGUAAAUCAAUGGACCUAUCAGCAGUGAGACUCUUGUGAACAUAGAUGAUAUCCAAUUAGUGAAUGCAUGAUUGGAGUGUGGACGCGUGAUCGAAGAGUAGUUGCAUAUACAAGGAGGCUUGUUUCUGUAAUAAAUGGCUCUAGCGUGAUUCACAUUGAA